GGUUGUCGAAGAUGGCGGUAGUCGCCACGUCUGAGGAGGUGGAAUACCUCACUGAUAUUGACCGUAUAGAAGACGCUUUUGACCGAUUAUGUCAGGAAGAGCAUCAGUUAACACAAGAAAUUGAUGAAUUAAUUGAUGAGCAGGGUAACUUGGAAGGCAAGAUGAGUACAUUUCAACGCAUUGUUCCUAGCUUGGCCGAUGUUCAUUCCGAUUCAACUAAACUCAGAGACAUGAUUUGCUUCACAUCUGACCUUGCGGAAAAUGUCAGUGGAAAGGUCAGGAUACUGGAUCUGGCAAAGAGUCGAGUACAAGCAGCAAAGCAACGAGUUGAUGAUGUCCUUGAUUUGAAGUUUUGUACAGAUGGGGUUCAGACGGCCCUUCAGUCAGAAGAUUUUGAAAAAGCAGCAGCACAUAUUCACCGAUUUCUAUCACUUGAUGAAAAAGUUCUACAACAAUUUGCUCCUGAUGCUAAAGAAAGUGGCGGACUGGAUGCUUCGUUGCAGGUGUUGCGGGAAGCUGAAGCAAGACUGCAAACACUAGUCCAUGAGAAGUUUGAUGAAGCAGUCAAUAAAAGUGAUCUUGCUUCCGUCGAGCGGUUCUUCAAGAUCUUCCCGCUCAUAGGCCUCAAGAAUGAAGGCUUAUCAAAGUUCUCGUCAUAUUUAAAAACCCAGAUUGCAAACAAGUCAAAAGAGCAUAUAGAGGUCGGACUAAGCAAAAGCACAACGGACCGUAGGGCAAAAGUCAUGUUUGCAGAUGCCCUAACAUUACUCUUUGAGGAAAUUGCACGAAUUGUUGAAAUUCAUCAACCGCUUGUAGAAACAUAUUAUGGUCCUGGUAGAAUGCUACACUUGAUGUUAGAUUUACAGGAGGAGUGUGAUAAACAAGCCAAAACAAUAGUUGAUCAUUUUGUAGAGCACCGUGACUUCCAUGCCAAGUCGAAACUGGUGUUGCAGGCAUUAAGGACAACUUACAAAUCAACAAACCCACAUGAAAGAUUAGACCCAAUGGACCUUGAUGCGAUGUUGGCUGAAUGUACUCUACUAAAUGCCAGGACUGAGCUGUACCUUAGAUUUGUUAAAAGAAGAGUUCUGGCUGACAUUGAUGUCUCGGAUGCUGACGAAUCAAAGGCCCAAGAGCAUACCAGCGACCUUGAGAAGAUGCUACUUACCUCUAAACUAAGCUGCAGCAUGCAAGAGAUCAUUGGUAGUUAUAUAAUGAUGGAAGAAUACUUCAUGAAAGAGACAGUCAACAAGGCGGUCAGCAUGGACAGUCUGGAGUCAGGCUCUCAGACGUCUAGUAUGGUGGAUGAUGUAUUUUUCAUUUUGAAGAAGUGCACAAAACGGGCUAUUUCAAGUGCAAGUGUUGAUUGUGCAUGUGCAAUGGUCAACCACACAGCGUCUUUACUAGAGUCUAACUACAGAGAUGUACUUUAUUCAAAACUGAGGACAGGCUUUCCAUCUGGUUCCUUUGAUGUUACACAAGCUUAUAAUUUACUUCAACAAGGCAAAUUUCCCACCUCAACCUCUGACACAGAUGCUGCAAAAUUAGAAUUCCUUACUACUUUAAACAACAUAGAAGUUAGCCUUGAGUAUACCCAGGCCUUGAAGAAGAGCAUCACGGAGGAGUGCGGACUGCUAAUAAGUCAGGGAGCUGGAGAGGUCGGCAGGGCUAAACUGGAUAGCUGCAUCUCAGACCUAGCACAGUUAAAUCACAAAUUCAAAGAUGUUCUAGAUUAUGGUCUAAGUCAGCUGAAUACAAGUGCAAUAAAACCAAGGAUCAAACCAUGGGUGGAUAGCUACCAAUCGAUUAGUCACAGUAUCACAGAGGAGGAGUUCUCCAAUUACGAAGCUAACGAUCCUUACAUUCAAGAAUUUAUCAUGAAUUUAGAAACACUUCUACUCUCUUUCAAGGAGUCAUUAACAUCUUCAAAUUACGAUGCUCUCGUUAGCUUGUUAACAACAGCUGUCACAGCACAAUUAGAGAAAACCGUUCUUAAGAUGACAUUUAACAGACUUGGUGGCCUUCAAUUUGAUAAAGAGCUCCGGUCGUUGAUUGGUUACUUAACUUCUGUCACUCAGUGGACAAUCCGAGAUAAGUUUGCGAGGCUCUCACAGAUGGCAACGCUUUUGAAUUUAGAACGAGUCACUGAAAUCAUGGACUACUGGGGCACUAACUCUGGACCUCUGACCUGGAGAUUAACCCCAACUGAAGUUAGGCAAGUUUUAUCAUUAAGGAAUGAUUUUCGACAUGAAGAUAUUAAACGGCUGAAGUUAUGAUGAUUAUGUGUCAUGAUUCAAAGAGGAAUGUCAUAGAACAGGUCAUCAAGUUGGUUACCAUGGUAACUGGAUGUGCAGAUCGCUGAUUGACAGCAUAUCAAGUGGAAGAGAGUGCGCACAGACCAAAGCGAAUAUAGAAAGCAGGCGAAGGAAAGAGAAACCAACUUGGUAGGGUUUGUAUAAGUUCAACAUCAAAGGAUCAGAUGAUGGAUAGAAAUUUGACAGAAGUUGUUAGUAACCCUUCCCCAGGGAGAAACUGGUGCCACAGUUAAGCCAGACACACUACAUCGGCUGAUAGUCGUACGUCCUCCGCUACGGAUCCAUCUCCGCUAUCUGAGCAUUUGACUGUCUGCUGUGGUUUUUGAUUGCAGUCGGCCGAUCGUUAAAAAUUAUCAGUUUGCGCGUUUCAUUGUGUUCCGUUGUCCAUGGAAUCGUGUCGAUAAUGACGCUGAGUAUGCUCAGCUUAAGUAUGAGAAGUACAAUCACUUGGCUUUAGAGUACAGUACACAUUCCCACAGUUCUUUCAACAAAGAUUAGUGAAAAAAGUAACCAAUACAAAAAUAAAACACAAUCUCUAUGCAAGUGUUGUUAAACUAUGAGAUUGUUUUUAUUCUUUUUUUUUUUUUCCAAUCUUGGUUGUAUGUCAUAUUUAAGGAUUUUUUUUUUUACUAAAUUAAUUAAAUUGCUGUACUUCGAAGAUCUUUUGCUUAAAUAUUUCCCACCAAUUUCAUCAUUCAUAUCAUUUGUACAAUCUGUUAUUAUUGUACUUUAAUUUAAAAAUUACUUUGUAGCCCUAGUUACUUUUCUAUAAACCCUUUUUUACAUCAAUUUCUACUCUCUUAUGUAUCAAUUUUGUUAAUAAUUAUAGUAUUUGUCAUUGUUUGGCUAUCAUUUUUGAAGGAGCAAAAAUUUUCAUGUAUAAAAUUUCAUUAAAAAUCAGAAUUCAUUCCAUUCUGCCAUUUUUCUAUUUUCGUUAAUAUUUAUGUUCACAAUGCUAUGCAGCAUUUGUGAUAUUUACUAUGUUGACCUGUAAUUUCCCCUGCAGCAACAACAGCAACAGAGUGUUGUCUCUGGCUCACCUCAGCUCCACUUGCGUCCAGAUCACCUUAUUUUGCAAGCAAGCACCUCUCACAUAACCAUCAAGCAUCCCCUCCAAGUUUAGCUUUGUUCCCCCAUUGACCCCUUUCCCCAUUGCAAGACUCCUGAUACUAAAAGGUCUCUGUGGUCUAGCAGUAUGAUACCCACUUUAACAGCAAAAAGCUAUGGGUUCGAAUCAGACAACUGGUAAGGAAUUUUCAUUGAUGGGUUAUGCUUGUCUUUGUCAUUUCAUCACUUGUUUUUUUAUUCAAGAACUAUAUAUAUAUAUGAAUUUCAAAUUAGGUUUGAUGCAUAAAUAUAGAAUUAUAUUUAUAUAUCUAUGCGUGUUCAUUACAUACUUUAUUUUCAUACUUUAAAUAUAUUGUUUUGUCACUUGUUUAUGCUCGCAUCAGUUUAUCCACUUUCUUAAUAACAUAGGACUCAUGGCCAUGAGCGGAUUGCGAGGGUUAAGCCAUCCCUACUUUUGGAAAGUAAAUAAAAAAAGAAAGAAAAAGAAAUUAUUGAUCACCCAAAAUGCCUCAGAGGUUAUUUCUGGGUGUCUGAAAAGAAAAAAUUUUCCCGGGGAUAACCCUAGGGUAUUGUUUUUCAAUCAGCUGCCCCUUUCGGAAAUCUCUGGAUCCGUCUCUAACGGCUACCUGGGAUAGAUCCAUGUAGAGAGCCUGUGGGUUAAGCCGACAAGCCUUCAUUUUGGUUGGUUUUUUUUAUAUGUUUUGCUCAAUAAAAGGCUCCACUCGGCUGAUUUGAGGCAAAAUGAAAAAUGCUGAUGAAUAUAUCUGGGCCCUGUGAAAGUCUGGGGUUCUGGGUUUAGCCAGUGAGAGCUCAUAGCUCUUAUGCCACUGCUUCAGUUGAAUGAUACCUACUGUUGCAAACAAUCCUUAUAAGAAAAAUCGCACAAAAGCAAAUGAAUUAGAGAUAUGAUAUUAAAUGAUAGCGUUUGGAGAGUGAUAUAGGAGGAGCUGAUAAUAAGCAUGUUAUAAUUCGUGAAUCAAUUUUUGUAAUCUCUUGAAAUUACCUUUCCUGAUUAUUGCAUCUCUAAGAGUAUUUGUUUACAUUUAAUUAUAUGUGAUUUAAUUUUAUAGGGGUAUUAAAGUUUAAUGUAAAUGUUGCUUCUUUUGCAUUGCAAAUGCUGAAAUUUAUGUUUUUGUUCAAAGUAAUAAGUAGUUCAAUUUAAUAUUUCUAAUGAUCAUCGAAGUGCAUAACAGGAAAGACUAGCAACACCCCUCGAAAAUAUUAGAAUCGCCCAUCAUCGUUUUAGGGUGGGGUCGAGUGGACUGUAGUGAGCUGUUCAUCUCUAGUAUGCACUUUACAUGAAUACAUUAGUGGCGUAUCCAUGGGUAUUAACAAUGGGGAUGAGAAGAUGUUUAGUUACUUCAAUGUAUUUAUCUUCGCGCAGCAAAUUUUCAGUGGGAGGAAAAACAUUGAUAGGACUUUUCCCUCCCCUCCUCGUUUUUCUUAUUUACAUGUCCACUGGCAUGCAUAGAAUUAAUUGGUUCGGCCGACACGAACUCUAUCAUCGCCCAACCCAUGUUGUGGAGCUUAAGGGAUGCCCAAUGAUUACUUAUCAUUGUUAAUUCAUUUUUAAAUGUUUGAAACAUCAGCUUGCAUCUUCUCGAGAAGUAAUCAGGAUUUUGAAAUCAAUUGGAUUAAUCGAUUAUUUUGAAUUAAAUACUGUAGUUUUUUUUAACUGAUUUUAGUAGAAAAAUUACUUCAUUAGACAGUAUUCCUAUUUAAAUAAAUAACUCAUUGUUAUGUAUAUGUUUAUGGUAAUGAAAUAUUGUUAUCUAGAUUAUAUCAAUUAAUUGUCUGUUACGAGAAUUUGCCAUAAUGUAGUAUAAUAAUAAGAGUAAUGGUAUUGUUUGGUGGGAAGUCUUUGUUAUAUUUCACUUUGGUAAUUGGGUUUCUCAUAAAUUCAUAAUAAUUCUUAUAAUUAAUUAACUCUAUUGGUUUGUUUUCUUUGCAUGCGUUACCAUUGCCAUGGUAUCGCUCAUGUGUAUUCGUUGUCAUGGUAUCCAACAACCGAUUGUUACUAGUUGUAUAAAGUGUAAAAAACUAUGGUCAAUGAUAUUUUAUUUAAUAUGAAAUUACAUUAGAAUAAUUUUCAAAGAAAUUAAUAACUGGAUAUUUACAAGA